UCUGCCUGUCACUCUCAUACACAUUCUCAGGGCGACAAAGGGCAGAAAGGAGAAGUCGGAGCCACAGGUUUGCCCGGAAGUCCAGGCAAAGAUGUAAGUGACUAUCAUUUGAUGUGAAAGUCAAAGAUGCUCAUACUUUAUGUACAUUACAUACUGUAUACCAGUGUCCUCUUGAGUCUCCUUCAGACGUGUUGAUAUAUUUCAUUGUCUCGCUGCAGGAGUGUACUCAAAAGAGCAAUUGUAUAGCAUGCAUAAUAUGUCUCUGUGCACAUAUUUUAAUUUUAAAAGGAAGCAAGAGUCCCUUUCCUUUCAUAUUGUUUAAAGUUGUUCCAUAUAUCCACAGUGCUCUGCUGCGAAAAGCAUGAUGCAUUAGACUCUUAACCAUAUACUCACUGCUGCUUUUUCUUCUCAUUAGAUAUCUGUUUGGGUGUUAAAUCUUUUUAAUGCUGCAUAGAUUACAUAAGCCAACAAAGAGCCACAAAUCAAUGCAGCCUCAUUGAUUCUUUUAAAUGGAUAGUCGGGUCGCAUUAUGCUUAAUCUUUUCUAUUCCGUAUACAAAGCAUGCUAAGAGGAUGGCGAAUAUGGCCGAGCCGACUAAUGCAUAUUUGGAAUUUGCUUUUAAACUGUUUAUGUAUCUAAGCCUCAAGUCAUCGGUAAACUGACUUGUUUGAUUCCUGUUGGAGGGUUGUUAUAUAAGCAGUGUGAUACUGCUAAUGCCAGCGUUUGAGAUGAACUCAAGCUAAUGAUCUUUUAUUGGUCUUGGCAGUCACAGGGUCGAGCUAAUCCUGUUUGUGUGGUGGGCCCUAAAGGACAAAAGGGUGUUCCUGGUGUGGUUGGUCCAGAGGGGCUUGCAGGAGAACCAGGCCGGCCAGGACCUCCUGGACCUCCUGGAGUUGGGAAGCCAGGACCACCAGGGCCCCCUGGUGGACCUCCAAGCUCUAAAGGAGAAAAAGGGGAUUCUGGGAUACCUGGUGUAGACGGAAAGCCUGGAGAACCUGGUCCGAGAGGUCCUUGGGGACCUAAAGGCGAGAAGGUAAGUCUAAGCAGUCUGAAUUUCAGAUUCUGCAUAAAAAUUACUGUUGCUUGUUAUGAGUCUGCUCAGAAUUCACAGAAAGUCACAGUGCAUGUUCUUGACUGUUAUUGCUUUAAUUAUUUUAUUUUUAAAGGGAAAGUUUCAUUAUUUACUUAAUCUCAUGUUGUUCCA